GCGGGGAGAAGCCCGGCCUGGAGCUCGGACCGGGCCUUCGCCGCCUCCCGGGGCCUCCAGCGGCCUUGCCCGCCCGCCCGCCCGCAUGGAGAGCCCCGCCGCCACCUUCAGCCUGGCCUACGUGGUGCUGGCCGUCUGCUUCGUCUUCCCGCCCAACGAGUUCCACCUGGCCGGGCUGACGGUGCAGAACCUGCUGGGCGGCUGGCUGGGCAGCGAGGACGCGGCCUUCGUCCAGUACCACCUCCGGCGCGGCGCCGCCACUCUCCUGGCCCACGCCCUGCUGCCCCUCGGUUACUAUGCUGGCAUGUGCUUUGCAGCGCCCGAGAAACAACUUUGCAGUUUUUAUCAGGCUCCAGAAGGCUGGAGAGUCUUUUUAUUCCUGGCUGUUCUUGCCCCAACCAUUGCUGGUAUCCUAAUAUAUUACUGGUCACGAAAUGGCUGGAAUAACCACCCGUUAGUCAAGACCCUUUCCCUUUAUGCCCUCCCACAGUCAGGCUGGAGGGCAGUGGCUUCCUCUAUCAACAUAGAAUUCAGGAGGAUUGACAAGUUUGCUACGGGAGCCCCGGGAGCCAGAGUCAUUGUUACAGACACCUGGAUCAUGAAAGUGACCACAUACUGUCUACAUAUUGCGCAGCAGCGAGAUAUCUUUCUAACUGUGGUGGACUCCAGACAGCAUGAACUCUUGCCAGACUCAAACAUGCCUGCACAGUUCCUCACAAUUCGUGUUGCCAGUAUUAAUCCUCAUGUGAAACCUUUCACUAUCCGGCUGAAUUCAACAGAAUAUGGCGAACUGAGAGAAAAGCUCCAUGCUCCCAUCCGUAAUGCUGCUAAUGUGGUCAUACAUCAGAGCCUCAGUGACUUGUUUCUGGAAACCUUUACCUCUUUGGUAGAGACUAAUCAGGCAUACAGUGUUUCAAGCAAUCAGGAGCUAGACCCAUGCAUUGGGUGUAUGCAAACUACUGCAAAUGUCAAGCUUCUGAAGAAUUGUCAAGAGCCGAAUGAAGGCGAGUGCCAACAAUGCUACUGUCGUCCCAUGUGGUGCCUGACUUGCAUGGGCAAAUGGUUUGCCAGCCGGCAAGACCAGCAGCACCCAGAAACCUGGCUUUCAAGCCGCGUGCCUUGCCCAACCUGCAGAGCCAAAUUCUGCAUUUUAGAUGUUUGUGUUAUACGAUGAACAGGUCCCGGAACACUCCUUUAAUCUGAAUGUACUUCAAAGGUGGAUGACUCCGCCUGCUGUUUACUUUUUAUUAUUCUGUUCAUGGGGACUUUCUCUUUGUUGUCUUUCUGAUUAUUUUUCUAUUGGUUCAGUUUUUUAAUUGCUGUAACCAAACAAUGGAAAAUGAUUAUUUUCACCAGCUUUGGCUACCCCCUCUGGUUACAUUAAAUAUUGAGUGAUAGUUUAGAACCGCAUCAGACCUCUACUGAAGCAGAAAUCGGGGACCCUGUGGCCUUCAAAGCUGUCCUUUCCACUAGUGAAACAGGGAAGAGGCAAUUUCCAUUGAUUACGCUGCCUCCUCCCAUCUGCUUUGGAGGGCUGGGAGAAACACAGGGGUGACGGGGUGGGUUGCCAGAAAUAGUCUCCCCACAUAACCUAGCAGUGGAGGGAACAGUUCUGGCCACUAUCUUCACGAGACCUGUUCGGGUUGAAAUAUGUAGCACAAAAUGGGGUGAUCAUCAAUUUAACUUUUUUGAGCAAUAGAGCCAAUCAGUUCAGCUCUAGGCUACAUAGCAUAUUAGAAGAAGGAGGAGGAGGAGGCCAUCUGCUCAGUAGUGGUUGGGGGCUUGCCUAUUAAACAAUACAUAACCAGUCUCAUCUGGGCUGGUGAACCGAUCACAAUUGUAUUAUGUCUGAAAUCAGAAUAAAAGUUGCAGUAUAAAAGUACACGUGUUAAGGUUUCAGGAGUCUAGUAUUACAUGGAUGCUUUCUCUCUUGAAACAGAAGUCUCAAAUACUUGCCCUGGAAUAGAACAUCUGAUUUUGCAAGAAUAAAUGUUCUAUGGGCUUUCCCCCUUUUAAAUUCAUUAAAUAAGAUGUAUAAGUAUAAUGUAUAGUUGGCUGGGAUUCUGGGAAAUAUGGGACAAUUUCUGUUAGUCAUGGAAUAUGUAUCAGAAAAUCUUUAGGUCACAACUUUUUAAUGCUUGUCGCUGCCCCAGCUUCUAAUUCUUGGGAUUCAGAUGAAACACCAAAUAGACCAAUUGUGCACGAGAUACAAACUAUUGUAAAUAGAUUAGUAUCUUAAAAUGCAAUCAUAUUACUUUGUAAAUCAAUAUUAAUCUUUAUGGGUUCUCUGCACUUGCUUUUCCUUGAUCUUCAGAGGCCUCCCGUUAUUAAAUGAGAAGGAUCACAGUUCACUUACCCUUAAUAUGUAUGAAAUUGAACUUCACUUAUUUAAAAUGCCUGCUGAUUGGAUUUCCCCUAUCCCACCUCCGUAACUUGUUUUCACAUGUAUAAGACAUGUUCUUAACCUUACUAACCUUGAGGCUAGUCUAGCUGACAUGCAGUUACUAUUCUUCCUACUGCUAUGAUGUGGGAAAAUACAACAAGCCACAGUAAGUCUGCUUACAUUCAAUUCCAGGAAACAAGAACACUUGGCCACUGUCUCAUAAAUUGAAACAUAAUUCUGAUCUGUUGCUCAUAUUAAGGCAGUGCCUUGCGGUCUCAUUAUACAAGGGGCAGGUUUCCCUGAGCAUUUUGAACUCCAGUAGCACCCAGUUGGGACGCGGGUGGCACUGUGGGUUAAACCACAGAGCCUAGGGCUUGCCAGUCAGAAGGUCAGCGGUUCGAAUCCCCGCGACGGGGUGAGCUCCCGUUGCUCGGUCCCUGCUCCUGCCAACCUAGCAGUUCGACAGCACGUCAAAGUGCAAGUAGAAAAAUAGGUACCGCUCCGGCGGGAAGGUAAACGGUGUUUCCGUGCGCUGCUCUGGUUCGUCAGAAGCGGCUUAGUCAUGCUGGCCACAUGACCCAGAAGCUGUACGCCGGCUCCCUCAGCCAAUAAAGUGAGAUGAGCCCCGCAACCCCCAGAGUCGUCCGCGACUGGACCUAACGGUCAGGGGUCCUUUUACCUUUACUAGCACCCAGUUGCCAUCUGGGUGUACACCAUUAGGCUGGAGCUGCUAUCUGCCUCUAAUGCAUUUGUACUAUUCCAGCAGGAGCAGAUGGACAAGUCCUUAUGGAUUACACCUAUGUAUUGCCUCGGUAGACAAGGUCACAGUGGUUAUCGGGGUUGUGAAAACAUGGAAAGAAUCUGCAUUGCUAUUUUGUUGGUCUAUGCCCUGAAUAUUUCCUUUGAUAGGUGCCUCUGCCUAGGUGCCUUACAAGUACCUGUGUGUCUUGUAGAGCAGCCCACUGGAGGGGAACCAGAAGCAGGCAUUGAUCUGCAGUUUCAACUCUUUUGUCUUCCACUCGCUUGGCAGUGAUUUAAAUUGAGGAUUAUCCAGCUCUUGCUUGUGGGAUCACCGUGUAGUUUUGCCGGAAGAUUGCUCAAGAAUUGUUUUGUGUUCUGUUAUUUUGCCAUUGCACGCUAUUUCUCCAGCUACCCCCAUGGAAAAUGGGCAAAGACUCCACACUGUGAAGAGACAUGCAAUUCUAGUUCUCAGCUGUUAUGGGUAACUGCCAUGGGGCAACUGCCUGUUUCCUCAGUAUUGAUCCUUCACUCUGGCAAGUAACUCAGGUUGUGAUCUUUUAGUGGGUCUUUGAGGGUGCUCUGAAGGAGGAUCCACUCUGAAGGAUUGGCAGGGACACACUGUAAACAUUUCUCCAACAUCUGUUUCUUGUAUGAAAUAAAAGAUCAUGUCCAGGGUCCUCUGUAAUACUACCUUCUUUGUCCGUCCCCACCCCCAGAUGUAUUGCAACCUUCCAUGUUUUUUCACUUCCUUAGUAUACAUAAACUCAUUUUUGUUGCUUCUGUA